GCUGCUCAGGUGUGAUUAGAAAGGAGGUCGUCGUAGACAGGUCCGGUUGGAAUUGGAUGGCUGACGGGCGGGAAGUAGGAAAGAAGGGUAUGGCGGAGCCCGGAGAAAGAGGAGAGUUUGUGGCAUCUUCAGAACAAGAACUGGCCACCAAAAUGUUACAAAUACAAUCUAAACGAUUUUACCUGGAUGUUAAAGAGAACAGAAGAGGUAGAUUCAUCAAAGUUGCUGAGAUUGGUCCUGCAGGUAGAAAAAGACGUCUAUUACUAGCAAUGUCAUCCGCCCUAGAAUUACGAGACCAUCUUACAGCUUUCAGUGAAAUAUAUGCAUCAUUGGGUCCUCCUAAUCCAGAUAACUUACCUGAAGAUGGCAAAUUAAAAAGUGAAAUUAUGGUAAAGGAAAACAAACGGUAUUAUCUUGACCUAAAGGAAAAUACUAAAGGAAGGUUUCUAAGAAUUUCCCAAACAGUAACUAGAGGAGGUCCUCGUUCCCAAGUUGCUAUUCCAGCCCAAGGAAUGAUAGAAUUUCGUGAUGCACUUACAGACCUUCUCGAAGAAUUUGGAACUGAAGGAGACACAUCACAAGAAUUUAAAGGGGAUCUACCUGAGGCUCGCCACAUGCGCAUAGAAAACAAAAACUUCUAUUUUGAUGUGGGCCAAAACUGUAGGGGAGUAUACAUGCGUGUAUCUGAGGUGAAGAGCAACUUUAGAACUUCCAUCACAAUCCCAGAGAAGUCGUGGAGUCACUUUCGAGACAUCAUUGCAGAAUAUGUGGAUAAGUUGAAGGAACAUUCUGAUAAACCACCUGAAGAGUAUAAAUGAAAGAAAAUGUACUUAACAAGCAAGCAGAAACUAAAAUUAUAAAAGACAAGUGGAAUCAUUUCAUUCUUCGGAGUUCUGACUUAGUAGCUACUACUUUUACCCAAUGACAAUGAGAAAGUUUUUAUCUUGUCAAGAAAUGUUUGUACCCGAAGUAUUAAAGCAGUGAAACUCUUUUUUUGUAUGUGAUUUUGUUCGUAGAAUGUUAGUGUUAUCAUUUCUCAUUUAAUUAAAAUGGGUGGCUUUAUUUCUAGCUUUUAAAAUGUUUGUUAUUACUAAAAUUAGUGUGAUGGCAAGCUUUUCAGUCUUUUUUCUUUCUAGUAGAUCACAUAAUACUCUUUAUUUCUGCUUAAGGAUUCAGGAUCAAGAUUCAUUCCACUGUAUGUUUAAAAUGAAAGUAAAAUAAAGGGGCAAUUAUUCUUUUUAGGGGGGAAUGGGGAGGCAACAGAAUAUUGUGAUCGAGGUUAAGUUAAUGAAAAUUAAAAUGCUUUAAUAUCCAGAAGAAGAGUUUAUCACAAUAAUAUAAAACAUAAAAGAUUUUUUAACACCUUGCAAGUUAAGUUCUUGUAUAAGAGAAAAGCACCCUGAAAUAUGUUUCACCAGUAAAUAAGUACAUGUAAAAAUCCAACAAAACAAUUUACAAGAAAUCAAAUACACAUAUAGUACAAUAAAAUUGAAAAGAAAUAAUACAUGGUAAAAGAUUAUACCUUCAUUUUAAAACAUAAUUUAAUUCAGUUGUUACAUCUGUUAACUUUAUCAAAUCAAAUUUAAUCACAGUGCAACAUUUUUAUUUCAACCACUAAGUGAUAAUUUGUGGAAAUCCAAAAAAGAAAAACUAUAUUAUUUAGGUGUCUAAUAUAUAUGUAUAUAUUUAUGUAUGUAUUUUGUUUUCUGGAAGCAAGAUAGGUAAUUGUAUUUAUUGGCUUUGUGUUUCUGAACACAUACAGUGACCUCUGAUGGUUAAUGUUGUUAUACACUUGUUUUUUAAUAACAAUAAUUGAAAAUUGUUAUGUAUCACACACACACUGCCACUACUAUUGUUUGUGAUUCAAUUGCUUCAGGCAUAUAACUUUUGAUAUGAUGUGUCAGUUGUUGUUGUUAUUGCCAGGUUGUUGUGUGUUAAAUAAAGAAGGAAAAAAUCCCAAAA